GGUUCCUCCCCCCGGCCUGUCGAGCUGCUGUACCCCGCCCCUGAGCUGACGUCGCCGGGCUGAGAAGCUGGUGGAGCCGGAAGAAAAGAUGGCGGAUCAUGACGAGCAGCUAUCCGACGAAGAGAAGGUACGUGUAGCAGCCAACUUCAUCCUCCACGCCCCGCCCGGAGAGUUCAACGAAGUCUUCAACGAUGUGCGAUUGCUGCUCAACAAUGACAAUCUGCUCAGGGAAGGUGCAGCACAUGCGUUUGCACAGUAUAACCUGGACCAGUUCACUCCAGUGAAGAUCGAGGGAUACGACGAACAGGUCUUAAUCACAGAACAUGGAGACCUGGGCAACGGUCGUGUGUUGGAUCCCAAAAACAAGAUUUCGUUUAAGUUCGACCACCUGCGCAAAGAGGCCAGUGACCCCCGACCCCAGGAGCUCGACUCCUCCAUCGAGAGCUGGAGAAGUGCUGUGGACUCUGCUGUGAGGGCCUACGUCAAGGAUCACUACCCCAACGGAGUCUGCACCAUUUAUGGGAAAAACAUUGACGGGCAGCAAACCAUCAUUGUCUGCAUCGAGUGCCAUCAAUUUCAACCAAAAAACUUCUGGAAUGGUCGUUGGAGGUCAGAGUGGAAGUUCACCGUCUCCCAACCGGUCACCCAGGUGGCCGGUAUCAUGAAAAUACAGGUUCAUUAUUAUGAGGAUGGAAACGUGCAGCUGGUGAGCCACAAAGAAGUGAUGGAGAGCAUGAACGUCUCUAAGGAGGCAAACACUGCAGAAUUCUUUGUGGAGUUAAUGAAGAACGCAGAGCAUGAGUACCAGACGGCCAUCAACGAGAACUACCAGACGAUGUCGGACACCACCUUCAAAGCCUUACGCCGCCAGCUCCCUGUGACGCGCACCAAGAUCGACUGGAACAAGAUCCUGAGCUACAAGAUCGGAAAAGAGAUGCAAAACGCUUAGAAAAAAACAACGCAAAACUUCACCAAAAUAUGAAAAACAUGGGAAUAACAUAUGGACAAGCUCUCCUCCUCCGCUGCCCUCUCCACCCUCUAACCCCACUCUCUGCAUGAAUGGAUAGAUGUCUCGUCUUUGUACAAAAACUAGGGAACUAAGCGACAAAAUUAGGUCUGGUCUCACACAUCAUGAUUCGGGGAAGAUUUUCAACAGCAGUAGUUUUGUUUUUGCGAAAAUAAAGAUCAUAAAUAAAUGAAGUCGUGAAAUAUUUAAAUGGCAGACUUUAGAUAGCGUUUUUGUUCAAUUGUGCUUCCAUUGAAAUAUGCAGACUUAUAGAUCUAACUAUAAGAUUGUUUUAAAAUGUAAAGAAAAUGUGUAAUCUUGAUUUGAAAAUGGUCAUUUAUUAGAAAAGUCUUGUUUAAAGUUGCCAUUAAAUUAAACUGAAGACAGAAGUUGCAUGUGAUUACAAGUAUAUACUGGAUACUGGAUAUACUGAGGAAAUGUGAAAAAAUAGCUUCUUAAACUCUCAAAGCUUCACCAUUUUCAUUGUCAAAUUAUGGAAUUCUUAUUACAAAAACAUGACUACUGCAUAAAACUUCAAUUUGCAAGACAUAGGAACAGCACUUGUAUGCAAAUGCGACCUCUAAACAUGAAAACAUUGAUGAAAUACUGUUAAGAAUGUUCUAUUUCAAUGUUGCCGUGAGACUCAACCUUAUUCUUGUGCCGAUUGUAAACCAUUUUGGGGAGAAUUUUGUCCAAAUGAAUGAAAAAUUGGAAAAAAUGAACUAAAUUGGGCUUCCCUAUAGUAUCACCACCUGAAAAUUAAAAAAUAUCUUUGCAACACAGAUUUUCAACUUUGUUUUUGGUACUGUAACAAAAUAAAUGACAGAAAUAUAACGUUUAAUGUGCAUCAAUUUAAAAUACAGCUCUAUCUUCCACUGUUUAUUUUUACGAUAUUAACCUGAUAUUCAUGAUAAAGGCCUGUAUAUUCUGUACCAUGGCUCACACUUCUAACCCACAUGUGUCAGUCUGUCCAGUGGAGUCCUCAUCCCAAAACUGUACUUCACAAAAUGUUGCAUUAAAAGUCAAAUUUUCUAUCAA